AUGUCCCACGCUUCCUGGGAGAGCAAAAGGCGAAACGUGGGUGUUUUCCUGCAUGUGGUCCGAAGGGCUUCGCUAAGCGCAUCUUCACGUGGGCCCUGGAGAGAGGAGGCUGUGGAGGGGAGGGAGGACAUACCAGAGGCUGGAAAAACUGAAAAGUGGGAGCUUCGACUUGGCAGCGAAGCCCUUGUAGAACCUAGAAGAUAUGACACAGAUUCUUCAGGACAAUCUUCAUCUGUCUCAGAGAGAGAUUCAUGCAAAGGGUACAAAAGACAGAGAUAUGGAGUCCUCAGCAGUGAUUCCUUUUCCUCUUCUGAUGAUGAUGAGGAUUUUGAAAUACAGAAGAAGAAGAGAAAUUUAAGGAGAUCUCUUCUGGUCAGCUUUCAGAAGUGUGCCUCAACAGGAGUUGACAAGGAUACCAUGAAAACUGGAGGAAGUCUGGCUGGUGUGGAGCAAAUGCAAAUAGAUGGUUCAGUACAGUUUGAUGGUGUGGGUGGUCUUUCUGACCACAUUUCAUCUUUAAAAGAGAUGGUCAUUUUUCCAUUGCUUUAUCCCGAAAUCUUUGAGAGAUUGAAAAUUGAACCUCCAAGAGGCUGUCUGUUCUAUGGUCCUCCAGGGACAGGAAAGACACUGCUUGCUCGUGCACUUGCUAAUGAAUGCAGUCAAGGUGACAUGAGAGUAACCUUUUUUAUGAGAAAAGGUGCUGAGUGCCUGAGUAAAUGGAUAGGAGAAUCUGAACGACAGCUUCGUUUAUUAUUUGAGCAGGCCUACCAGAUGCGACCUUCAAUUAUUUUCUUUGACGAGAUUGAUGCUCUGGCUCCUGUACGGUCCAAUAAACAAGACCAAAUUCAUAGCUCUGUUGUGGGGACGCUUCUGGCACUUAUGGAUGGCUUAACCAGCAGAGGAGAGGUUGUGGUGAUAGGAGCCACCAACAGACUGGAUUCCAUAGAUCCUGCUUUGCGAAGACCUGGUCGCUUUGAACGAGAAUUCCGCUUCCGUUUGCCAAACAAAGAGGCAAGAAAAGAAAUUUUCAAAAUUCACACACGAGACUGGAAGCCGAAGCCAUCGGACAACUUACUUGAAGAGCUGGCUGAAGAAUGCGUUGGAUACUGUGGUGCUGAUAUUAAAGCCUUAUGUGCCGAAACUGGUCUCUGUGCUUUGCGGCAUCGCUAUCCUCAGCUAUAUGAAAGCAGACAGAGACUGCAGAUAAACAUGGAUUCAAUUAAAAUAAAAGCAAAUGACUUUUCCAUGGCCAUGCAGAAGACUGUUCCAGCUUCACGGAGGGUUGUGCCUUCCCCUGGGCAAGCACUAUCAGCUAUUUCAAAGCCACUGUUAGAAGACACACUGGAAAGGAUUUUACAAACCUUGCAGAGAGUAUUUCCCCAUGCUGAGCUUGCACUAAAGAAGGACCAACAGCAAGGAAAUUAUGUGAUCGAUAGUGAUGAGGAAUCACCAUCAAUCUCUGAAGAGAAGCUGACUCAUAAAAUGUCUGGUUACAAGAAGGCAGAAUUCCGCACUUUCAGCAGAAAUCCUCGUGACCAACCAACAUCUUACAGGCCACGGUUCUUACUAAUUGAAGAGCCAGGAUCUGGGCAAGCUUCUGAUUUGGCAGCUGCAGUAAUACAUUCCCUGGAAAAGUUUCCAAUUUAUACACUAGAUACACCAACUUUGUUUGCUAGCACAUUACCAGAUGAAACAUGUGUACAGAUAAAAGUAUUGUUUAAUAAUGAAUAUGAAGAAGUAUUCAGAAUCUCACGUCCAACCUGUGCUGAGAGAAGACGUUUUUUUGAGGACUUAGUUAUGAAGCAAGCUGCUCAACCUCCUGCAUUAAAAAACAACACAACUUGCCAGCCUUUGGAAGUGCUGCCUGUAGCACCACCACCUACGCCUCGAAAGCUGACAGAGGAAGAAAUAAAACAGUUGGAAGAGCAGGAAGAGGAUACAUUGCGUGAACUCAGGAUUUACUUAAGAGAUGUGGCUCAAAGACUUGUCAUUGACAAACGUUUCAAAGCAUUUACAAAGCCCAUUGUCUCAGAGGAGGCACCCAAUUACAAGGACACAAUUGAACAGCCCAUGGACCUCUCGACAGUUCUCUUCAAGAUUGACAUGCACCAAUACUUAACUGCAAGAGAUUUUCUAAAGGAUAUUGAUCUAAUAUGUAGCAAUGCUUUAGAGUACAAACCAAAUAAAGGGCCUGCAGAUCAUCUCCUGAGGCACAAAGCUUGUACUUUGAGUGAUACGGCAUAUUCCAUAGUGAGGCAUGAAAUGGAUGAAGAUUUUGAGCAACGCUGCCAAAAAAUUAAAGAGUCUCGUAAGGAAAGAGGUAGCCACACAAGACACAAUUCUUUGCUCUGUGGGUGUAAGAAAGAAAACUCAAAGUGUAAUGAGAAAUGCAAGACGCCUGCAGCGCCUGUGGACACCAGUACCUCCUGCUCUAAUGAUAAGUCAAAAAGAAAAUGUAAAAUGAAGGAAGACUCUUCAAGUAUCUCAGUAAAGAGGGAGAAUGUUCAGUUUGUAUCCUCCCAGGACAGUCCUAUAGAAGAACAUGAAAAUGUACUUCAAGGACAACAGAAAAAUGGGACAGAAAAUGAAAGUGAGAGAGUGACCCUUGUGGCUAAAUGCCCUGCUGAAGAAAAGAGUGUCAUGCUUCCUGAAUGUUCAGACCUAAGAGAGGAGAUUGAAAUGCCAGAUUGCCAAAUAGCCAGAACUGUUGAAGAUUCAGGUUCAAGUGAUUCACAAGUACAUCCUACAGCUUGUGUGGGACAUUCUCAGCUGGAUGAGCAACUGCAAGUAUGUGACGGGGAAGCAAAGAAAAUUCACAUACAGGGAGUGUCUGUGGAUUACUCUGAACUCAGACAAGUGCUGGAUUUGGUCAUUGCGGCAACUGAGAAUGUCAGUAUAUCUCGCAUGGAAAGACUAUAUGCUCUUCUUAGCCAGUGCAUUUACCGACAUCGGGAAGAUGAUGACAAAACUGAGUUAGUGAAGGCAAUGAAGAAAGAAAUUGCAACGUUAAAUUAUCUGUGA